AUGUUUUGUUCACAACGCGAGAUCCCAGAUCGCAGAGCUGAGCUGAACCCCGACCAUCCUGCAAUUGAAUUGUUUCAACGACGCCUACACCAGCACCCUACGACUGAUAUUCUAACUGUAUAUGCUUGCAAUUUUACAGGAGUGGCCAUGGGGAAAACCGAACCGCCGUUUCUCUACGACCCGCCCUCUCUAUAUCCCAAAUCAGCACAGGUUGCUGAUUUCAACCCCAAAGCUGUCACCUUGAACAGCUGGGCACCUCGCCCGCAAAGGCCAAAGAAAAAUGGCCCCUUGGUCAAUUUCAACCAGCAUCCAGACUCGUACGCGGUCAUUCCAACAGGAACACAGCCUGUCACCAACAUGAGCCCAAAUAUAAAGAAAUAUGUCAAAUAUGCCCGACUCUGUCAACUUCUGCUACGGGUAUUGACCCUAAUUGGUGUUCUGGGGAUCCUGUUCUGCGUGAUAUGCAUCAACAAUACAACCAUUCAGGUAGCAUGGAUUAUCCGAGUGGGGCCCGCUGUGGCAGUGGUUCAUGCGAUCUACGCUAUUUUCCACCUCUGUCGGUCUGCUAUGUCACGCACCCCUGGUUCCACGGCUAGCUACAUGCUUUUUGCCGCAGUCCUUGACGCUGGUUUGAUUCCGUUCUUUGUGUUCACUGCCCUUAUUUCGAGAACCGAACAUGAAUCGAAAAGCUAUGGGUGGAACACCCUAUUCGGGGAAGACCAAGUCACAGAAAAGAUCAUCUAUGCAACGGUCCUAACUGCCACAACUCUUGCUGGGCUUCAUAUCGCGUCACUCGUUAUAGACAUCUACUUGGCUGUGGUAUUCCGCAAAAUAAACAAGUUACCACCGGAUAUGAACCCGUUGGAGGAGAACUUGACUUCUCGUCGCCAUAAGCGCACCAAGUCUGAGAUAGCCGAAAAGCAUCUGAGCCAAAGCACAAUCGGUUCGUCUGAGACUGAUCCGUACAGUACUUUACUGCCAGCCACUCGUACGGUCCCGUUUGCGCACACAAGGAAUAAUUCGAGUGUGACGAUAACAGCAAACCAGUUCCAAAAGAAUGGCGAUGACAGGUUAUCAUACUAUUCUGCUAAGUCCCACAGACAUUCACGCUGCGACCUCCCUAGCCAACAAAUGCGUCAGUAUGAAGAGACUAGCAGACCUAAGACACCCAUUGGCCGAACGACUGUUAGAGGUAGAGGUAACGGAUCAUCCAGGCCUCAGUCGGUUGUGUUCCAGACUCCGCCCUCGACCGCACAAUCUCAACCUCAGACUGCCGCAAUUCAGAACCGCGAACCAAGUGGCGUGUCCUCUAUGGGAGACGAUAACUGGGAAGCGUAUCCUUCCAACCCUCCCUCUCCCGAACUACACGCUCGUGAGGUUUCGCCACUGAGAGAUCCCAUCGGUAGCCCAGGUAUGGACGACCAUGAAGCUAGGCAAGCGAUCUGGGACGACGAUUAUGAAGACAGCGGUCUCAAUCAACGAAGCGGUACUGUCAGACGCCACCGCGGGGUAUACGCUGCUGUCGAUGAUGAAGACGACGAAGACGAUGACGAAGCCAUGCUUGAUCCAAAUGAGCCAGCAAAUAUGUACGGCUAUCAGCAGAGCCAGGGCGAGCGUUACUACGCAAAGGGGAAUGCUGAUAACCUCAACAAUAACGCUAGUUUGGGGGUAAACCCAUUAGGCAUGAACCCACCUACUCCUCGGCCCUUGGAGGUAGAAGGAGGCGCGCAACACGAGUCUAGUGGUGAUAUGCAUCGAACGGCACUUUCGGACCUUCCGAAUCCAUCCACCACCACCACUCCCGUCAAAGGCACUCCCGGUAGUAAGACACGAUCAUACGGGGAGCUGGCACAGAGUACCCCAUCCCCCGGAAGCAACAAGAAAUCAGGAUCCCGCUGGAGACGCAAGAGUGGCCGGUUGUCAGCUUACGAGUCACUUCGAGCAGAUAAUGCUGACAGUGACGGCAACAUGGAAGCCCGCAUCGGUAGAGGUGAGACCGAUCGCAAAGGACGAGUAGUUAGCAACACGGGCAUAGACCUUGGCCCAGAUCUAGGUUCCGGCUCGCCAGGGUACGGAAAUUAUCUUGCCGGCUUGGGGGUUGGAAGGCGGCGCGAGGUCAGUGGGAAACUCGCUGAGGAAGGGAGGGGUGCUGACCUUGUCCAGGAUGAGAGUGAAUCAUCCCCGUCGAAGAACAGAGGACAUGGACCGUCGAAAUCGAAGGAAAUUAAAGCUGCAGGUUGGGCACGGUGGAAGGGGUUGUAA